AAGCAUUCUGAAAAAGGCAAAUAAUUUGUAAACAGUUGGGCUGUGGAAGAUUUUGCAGUAUUUUACAGUUUAACGCAAUAAAUAUGAAAAUAACACAGAAAAUCGAAUUCGAUGAGGAUGUAGCAUCGAUUUGCGAGUCCACGUCGCAUGUACNGAAGAAACAUCAUUCAUCCCUGCCUGGUAGCGUUUCAAGACCCACUUCACCACAACCUGCCGCCAGUAAUGAAAUGGUCAAUGGAAAUGCUGUUUUGGCAGCAGCACUACAAAAGAAGAUAAACCGCAAGAGAAAACUCAAUUCGGUACCUGUGCCACCUGUUGCUCUGGUCCCUGAAAUACCCCCGUCUUUGAUAGCAUCAACGCUUGCGCCAUCAGUUGCUGUCCUAACCACUACACCAGCGCCAGUGUCUGUAACUGAGGAGGCUUCACAAGAUGGUAAAAACGCGACACCACGUCAAUCAGGCAGCAUGGUUAUACAUCAGGAUGACGUGGUAACGCGCAUGAAAAAUGUUGAAAUGAUCGAGUUGGGUAAACACCGUAUAAAACCCUGGUAUUUUUCACCGUAUCCACAGGAGCUAUGCCAAAUGCCCUGCAUCUACAUUUGCGAAUUUUGCUUAAAGUACCGCAAAAGUCGCAAAUGUCUUGAGCGGCAUUUAGCGAAGUGCAACCUACGCCAUCCGCCUGGCAAUGAGAUCUAUCGUAAACAUACCAUAUCCUUCUUCGAAAUAGACGGCCGUAAAAAUAAGGUCUAUGCGCAGAAUUUAUGCCUGUUGGCUAAGCUAUUCUUGGACCAUAAAACACUUUACUACGAUACGGAUCCUUUUCUAUUCUAUGUUAUGACAGAAUUCGAUUCGCGCGGCUUCCACAUCGUCGGCUAUUUUUCGAAAGAGAAAGAGAGCACGGAAGAUUACAAUGUUGCUUGUAUACUCACAAUGCCUCCUUAUCAGCGCAAAGGAUAUGGCAAGCUGUUGAUUGAAUUCAGCUAUGAGCUAUCAAAAUUUGAAGGGAAAACGGGUUCGCCUGAAAAGCCUUUGUCAGAUUUGGGCCUACUUUCGUACCGCUCCUAUUGGGCUCAAACAAUUCUGGAGAUUUUCAUAAGCCAAAAGCCAACCAGCGACGGCGAAAAGCCCACCAUUACAAUUAACGAUAUCUGUGAAUGCACUUCCAUCAAGAAAGAAGAUGUUAUAUCAACUUUACAAAAUCUGAAUCUUAUAAACUAUUACAAAGGACAAUAUAUAGUUUGCAUCAGUCGCGAUAUUAUCGAUCAACACAAGAAGGCUAUGGAUAAACGCAAAAUUCGCAUCGAUUCUAAAUGCCUACAUUGGACCCCCAAAGAUUGGUCUAAGCGCUCCAAGUGGUAAAUCUUAAGCUCAUGACAUUUUAAGUUAUAAAUUGUUUUAAGUUCAUUAGCAAGAUUAAGAGACACACAUUCAUACAUCAUUAAACAAAAAUACCCAACCUUAUGCGCAUUAGUUACCCUAGUACCAAUUUCUAUUGAUGAUUUUCCCCCGCCUUUAUUUAUUCUCUUUUCCGCUCCACCGGUAAAAAUGCUAGAAAUGAUUGAAAUGUGCUAGUUCAGUAUGCCACCCCACUACCAAUCUAUAAA